GGAAAUGCCCAAACAGCUGUUUUCUUUCAAAAUGAAACUGACAUAUAUAAAUAUGAAACUUAGAAACUAUACUACAGACCUAGAUAGAUACUAAGAUAGACUCAAAAACAAUAAGUCAAUAUUAGUGUAUUAUUUUGUAUACUAGCAUCUAGAUCUAGAUAUAGUCCAGAAUCUAGAACUAGAUGACAUUAUAUCUAGAUCUAAGUAAUAGACAAAAAGAAGUAAUAGACAAAUAGAAGAAGUAGGUUUGUUUGUCCUUUGGAAAAGGCUCCAGCCUUCUUAUUGAGCAUACUACUUCAUGACUGAUAGCGCCAUCAUUUGAAAUGCUGCUGUCUAGGCCUUGCAAUCUAUGAUGUUUCUAUGGCCAACAGUUAUCAUUUGUCAUUUGACCAGCACUAAGACCAACCAUUUGUCAUUUGACCAGCGCUAAGACCAACCUUCUUCACUUACCCCAACUAAUGUCAGGUACCCAUUACUAGAGUUGGGUGGACUCAGGGAUGUCCUGAAAAUGCUGAAGAUUCAACUCCAAGUUUUCACCAUAAUUUUUCAACUAGACACCCGUCAUUUCAAAAGCCAAGCACUUUAUCACUUAGCCACCUUGCCCCAUAGGCAUGAAGUGUUUUGACAAUUGAAAAACUUGAUCCAGUAGACUUUUACUAGUUUGGCAGAUAGAGAAAAUGCUUUCAAAUGUGUCUAAAAAAGUUCAUGACAAAGUGUCAUCUGAUGGUAAUUAUAAAUCGAUGGCUUAUAACUGUGAAAGUCCACUGAAUUCUUUGGCUGUAAAUAAAGACUUCACUCAAGUCGUAGUAGCUGGACGGUCAGUCUUCAAAAUCCUGAACAUUAAGGAAGAUUGUUUUACUGAAAAUGUCAAUCUGCGUGUAGGACGCCACAUCAAUCUGACAUAUUCUGCUGCAGAUGUGGCAUGGCACCCAUCGGAUGAAAACGUACUUGCUUCAGCAGCAACUAAUGGCUGUGUUGUUCUUUGGAAUCUUUGUAAAAGUGCUAAAUCCAAACAAGCCAACAUUUUCCAGGAACAUAAAAGGUCUGUCAAUAGAGUUGCCUUCCAUGGUUCAGAACACAAUCAGUUGCUUAGUGCAUCUCAAGAUGGAAUGGUUAUGAUUCAUGAUAUUCGUACUAAAGCUGGUCCCAUCUUUAAAUUUGGUAGCCUUGGUUCAGACAGUGCAAAAGAUGCUCAGUUUUGCCCAGCAAACAGCGGCUAUUUUGUGUUUGCAGCAGCUUAUGAAAGUGGGACAGUACAGACUUGGGAUAUGAGACGACCUGACAGAGCAGAGAAAGUGUUCAUGGCUCACAAUGGACCAAUAUUCUCUUUAGAUUGGCACUCAGCAGACAAGACGCCAUGGCUCGCUACUGCUGGAAGAGACAAAACAAUUAAAAUCUGGGACAUGUCUCGUAUGGAUAAACCUCAACCUCCAUUGCUCCAUGUGAUCACAAACAUUGCCUCUGUGGGUUUCAUCAGAUGGAGGCCAAACAGGAAAAACCACAUUUCUAGCUGUUCUUUGCUGUUGGAUCACAGUGUGAAUGUCUGGGAUCUAGGUCGACCCUACAUCCCAUUUGCUUCCUUUGAGGGGCACAUAGAUGUCACCACAUGUAUUGAGUGGAGAGAUGAUUGCCACACUUUUCUCAGCUGUGGUAGAGAUGGGAAUAUUAUUCAACAUGUAUUUGCUGAUGCCAAGAGACCAGCUGACAAAAUUAAUCCCAUAGGUGUAGACAUAAGUAGUAAUGGAUACAUUGGUGUGGCUAGUAUUAUCAAGAAAGAACAUAUCAACUCUAGUUCAGGAAAGUCAAAAAAAAUCUCUAAAAGUCGACAGUUUACUGAAGCACAUAGUGGUUUGCAUGUCUACUCUGACUGGGAUGAGGCUCAGAAAACUAUCAUGCCCAGCUUUGAGGAAAUAGCAUUACAGUACAAACUUGAAGGUGCAUCUUUGGUAGACAUGUGCAAGCAUAAUGCUAAAAUAGCUGCCAAAUUUAAAAAAUCACAGAUUGCUCAGAUGUGGAAUAUGCUGGCUACAAUCUAUGGUCCAUUUAUCAACUCACAGGCUCAACAGAGCCACAUAAACCGUCCAUUGGGGUUAACAAGUCCCCAGCAUGAGAAACAGGAUCAUUCAGAGCUGGCAGCAGUCAAGUCAGCUUUGAAACGUGGUAGAGACAAGGGAAAAAACAAACUGGAUGCACAUGUGGAUGUCACCUCAGGAAGUAAUGAUGACAGUUCUGAUGUUGAGGGGGAAAGUUCCGAGAUAGAGAAGAACAUUCCAGAAAAAACUUUGGAGGCCAACUUUUUAUUUGGUGACGGAGGAGAGGAUGAGGCCAACAAAGAUUUCUACAAUGCAGGAGGAAUUUUAAGUGAAGACGAUUAUAAUUGGUCCAUCCAGCCUCUCCCAUCCGAGGGCUUCCAAUCCAGACAUGACCUGAACACCAUGAUAGGAACCCACCCGAUCAUGAUGGAGUCUGACUUGACACUGGUGCCAAUGGUGGACUCCAUCCACCCCCAUGAAGACUUAGACCAGAACUGUGAGCCCACUCUGGUCGUCAAGAGUACAUUGGAGCAUGAUGCUAUGGACUCCUCAACUUCUGUUGCUGACCUGAUCAAAAGUUUGGCUGAAGAGGGUGAUAUUCAGACCUGUGUCUCUAUGCUCGUUGUACUUGGGGACCACAUGAAAGCACUUAUAGAUGAAACUUACCAGGAAAGUUGGUUCUAUUCUUAUAUAGAUUUGUUAGGUCGUUAUGAACUCUGGACAGUGGCUAAUGUUGUGAUGAAACAGUCCAAGCUGGCCUCUAUCUGUUCCUUGAACCAAGAAUCCACUGUAGUUCACACCAUGUGUAGCAAGUGUUCUCGGGCCUGUGAGCGUGCAGCCUGGCUCUGUGACAAAUGUAAACGAGUGACCAACCUUUGCAGCAUCUGUCACCAUCCUGUGAAAGGUGAUAUGGUCUGGUGUCAAGGUUGUUGCCAUGGAGGUCACAUUGACCACAUUGAACAAUGGUUGACCUUCUCGGACAGAUGUCCUGCUGGCUGUGACCAUGUCUGUGAAUUUUUCUGAAAGAAAUUUUGUUGCUAUUGGGAAGGAUCUAGUCUGCCAAUAUGUUACAAAAAAGGAUUCUCUUUUCUAGUCUCUCAGCAUGUUACAUAACAUGAUAACCAAACUAAAGUGUGUACUAAUAAUUUAUUUCAAACUGUGAUUUUUGAACAGAGUGAGUCAAAUGGUUGGUGUCUCAAAGGUUUCAAUUUUCAAGAUUAUUCUCAUGACAAAUUUUUAUUUAAAUCAUUGUCUAUAGUAGUACAAUUGACUAACAAGUAGCUAGAAAUUGUUUUAUAUAAAUAAUAACAUUAGUAUGAUCUUGUUAUUUGAAGAUUUGGGCUAAAUAUUGAGAAAAAAUACAUUUUGAGUCUUUGUCUUCUUCAAAUGUAUAAAUAUUAACAAAGAAAAAUGUUAAAUACCAGUAGCCGAUCUACUUAAAGAUGAAAAUAAUUCAAUACUGAAUAAUGAUAAAUAAAUAAUAUGACAAAAUAUAUACCAAAAAUAAAUCUAGACUAUAAUGAUAUAAAACUAUUUAAAGAAAGAGACAGGAAAGCUAUAAUGAAAAUAACGUCACGUUACUCCUAAAAAAAAAUUUAAAAAUUUAACGUGGAUAAGAACAAAACAAGACAAUCUAAACAUAUAUAUCGAGACUUUAUUAAUGAUCAUACCAACUUUGUUAUGCCCUCUUUAGCGCCCUCAACAGGAAAUAUGAUAUUAACAAAGAUCUACUGUCCCUAUAGACUUAAACUAAAAUACAGAGAGAGGUAUACUCAUCUUUUUUCAAAAUCCCUGUUCGGUUAUGGAGUAUAAUGGUCAGUCUUCUACACACAAGACAGGUUUGCUCAGGCUCAACAAAACAGGCUCAGGCAGUUAGGCAAGGCAAGGCAAAUUCUAGUACGGUUCUCAAAGGUCCUCUGGUCAGGUCUCAAGAUCCCGGUUCCUCUCUUUGAUGAAGAGUUGAUGCUGGCUUCUGGCUUCACAGCUACUUCUAGUAGACUGGUAAUACUGAGACAAGCUAGUGGUGCUGUCUCGAGAGAGAACAAAAACUAAGUCCAACUCUCUCAAAUUGAAAAAAUAAUGUAUAAAAAUAUACAUAAAUCACGCAGUGUAGUAGUAGGGUAUACUACACUCGUGUGUUGUUGGUCAGGAAACACAGGAACUAGGAACAAAGUUCAAAGUGACCCCAACGGUCAACUGGCUACAAUGUAGAUCUAAAUAAGUCAAGAGGUAACCUUCCAUACGACGAACUUAAAACUGCCGACUUGGUAUCAUGAAAUAUCGAGGUACAACUGUGAUGGACUGCCCUUCUACUCACUGCAAGACGAUGUAAGCAGGAACGAUGUAGACAAGAACGUCUAGAACCAUUGGAUUACACACUGAUGAAGUUCACUGGAUAAAUAUGUCUAAGUCAAGAAUCACGAUCGAGCUGCAGUCUAAAACGUAAUCCACACUCUGACUAGAUCCAGCAAAGAAAGAAAUAACAUGUAAAUAAAAAUCCAACAGUCUUUCAGCCAAAGAUGAUAAAAGGCCUACAAUGUUCCGCUAGGCUGACCCACUCUUACUCUUAGCCUCGUCGAAGGGUCGCCAAAUAUGUUAUGUGUGUGAUUUAUAAGAUGUAGAAAUGUAGAUUACUUGAUUCUUGAUGUAUAACUAGUCUAAAUAAUUAUUAUCAACUCAGUCUGGAUUGCGGUCCGAACACACAUACAUAUUAAUGAAAUAACUUGAUAAGACUUCUAGAACUUGAAAAUAAAAUUUAAUACAAAAUAAUGGGGCACAGUCCUAAUGUCACAGUUCUAAAACAAAACUACCAUCUUGCUUGCUAAAAGAGUGAGUCCGUUAACUUAUCCCAUAAUUCCUAGCUCCCAUAAUUCCCUAUUUCCAUCCAAAAUGAAGUUCUAUUUAUAGUCACGUCGCUCAAAUGAACUCCCCGAUAAAACUACUUUCCUUUUAAACCUAUAACAGUAAAAUAAAAAGAUUUGGAAAAAGAAACUUAAAAAGUUAUAAUUUUUUAAAUUCUGUACUUAUUAAAAAAAAACUAAGACAUUAUCUCAAAAGUCUGUUUUCUAGUAAUGCUGGUGAUAAUGUUAUUAUCACCUAAAGAACUAAGGAUUGAUUACAAAUCCUAAAUAGAGAAGACUGUACUGAUUUUAAAAUGCAUUUAUUGCUAGUACUCAUUUCUACUUUUUGUCUUGUAAAUAUUCCCAUAUUUGUGGUGUAACUAGAAAGUCAAAGGUUGUGUAUUCAUCAAGUAUUUCUACAAAGGUUUCAUACAUUUGUAUCCUAGAGGCUGUAGAGGCUGGUAUUUCUAAAGAACUACAUUUAAAAAAACUUGAGCUUUUGUUGGUUUUUAGAACACUGAGAGGAAGGGAGGGCAGUUGUUUGCUGGAAGUUUGUCUCUAGUUAUUGUUUACAUUAUUUUUUUUUAUUCUACUCUUUCAGAUAAUGACAACAUAUUAAAUAUAAUGUAUACUAAUUAUUCUCAAAAAUUUAAAAUGUAUACCCUCUCUAUAAUUAUUCUUAAAAAUUAUAAAUAUAUAUACCUUAUCUAUAAUGUAAAUAGUAUAACUUAUUUCCAAGAAGUUUAUUUUUCUAAUGUAUGUACAUACACUUGCAUUUAUCUGUCCUCAGUUCAUAUAAUAGGUUAUGUCCCAAGGGCUUCAAUUAUUUUUAUAGUACUUUUUAGUUUCAAUAGAACUACAAAUAUCUAUUUUAUAAAAGAUGUAGAAAUUUUCUUUUGUAUUACUUUCAUAACAAUAUUUAAUGCCAAAUUUUUUUUUUCAACUCUAAAAGAGUCUAGGACUUGGUGAUAUGACCCUGAAUCAGCAUGACUUUCCGUUAUUCCUUAUUAGUUACUUUCUCCAGAACCAGCAAUGACUCCCUCUUGGUAUUAACGUACUUCCAUGCAAUAUAAAUAGUCCAUAUGUCAUCAUUGUAAAUAUUUGUUCUUGCUAGUUAAACCAAUUGAUGUUUAGUUCCAGUACUAUGGCUCUUUUUUAAUGCUGAAUCAGUUCAGAAUAAUUUGUUGAAGAAUGUAUCAUGGAAUGUGUUUCUGUUAAAUGCUUAGGAUUUUUUGUUUGAGUAAGCUAUUUUCCUCAUCAAAAGAUUCCAAAAUUAAAAGGUGUGGUUCAAUUCAAGCUACUUUUGUUAAGAGAAUGAGUAUGGCCUGAUUAAAAAUAAACUUUUGUUAAGUGAAAGAGUGUUUCCAGAACUAGAAUGUUAUUAAUAAGAGAUGGAAUGUGGCAAGAUUACUUUUAUUAAGAGAAUAGCUGUGAACAGAUUAAAACUAUAGAAUAAAUGGGGCCAGAUAGAAACUUGAAUUUUAUUAAGAGAAUGGGGCCAGAUUGAAUGACUUUUGUUAGCUACUUUUUAGAAUGUGAAUGGAUGUGGUAGAUUAACAAGAUAAAAACUAGAAAGUGGUUUAUUAGGAGAAUAAGUGGCCACACAUAGCCUACAUCCAAAGUUAUGUUUUGUCAGAGAUUGAGAGUGGUGAAAUUUUGACAAUUUGACAGCUUACAUUGAGUAUAUUCUCUGAUAUUGUACAUGAAGAGUCAGUGUGAGGCAUUGUGCAUGUAGAGUCAGUGUGAGAUAUUAAUUAUCUCACAUUAACAUUAUUUCCUUUUGUGUGAAAGCAUGUGAUGCAAUGAGAAUUAAUUUGACAUGUAGUUCUUUAUUGUAAGAACAACACAAUUUUGUACAAAUUAAAACAAAAGUCUUUUUA